GUUAAGUCACCAUUAGUUUUUGAGUCUCUUGAUGUUAGGUUAGCAAAUAGUGAGGAUAUGCCAAAUUUUCCAAGUGAAGAAUUCACAUAUGAUAAUAUUAUUUUACCUACCUCAAUACAACAAGGAAAGGAGUGUUUAGACAAAAUUAUAGUGCAACAUAUUUCUUUUAAGAAA